UUUUGUUCAUAUUUACAACAUGGCAUUCUUAUUGGUCGGUUAUGCAGCAGCAACAAUUGCAGCACUCUUCUGCAUUUAUCUCAGAAGAUGUUGCACGCACCCCAUCUUCACUGAAUACCCUUUUGUUGGGAUGCUACCACAAGUUCUUUGCAAUUUGUGGCGUGCCCAUGAUUAUUCAACUCAGGUUUUGAAGCAACACGGUGGCACUGGUGAGUUCACUGGGCCAUGGUUCACCAGUAUGAACUACAUGCUCACCUGCGAUCCCUUCAACGUGCAUCACAUGUUGAGCAGAAAUUUUCACAACUACGUCAAGGGACCCGAGUUUCGUGAGAUUUUUCAGGCUUUCGGAGAUGGCAUUUUCACUGCUGAUGCAGAAGCUUGGAAAUAUGACAGAGAUCUCUUCCAUUCCUUGUUCAAGCAUAAAAGCUUCGAGGUGUUUCUGGAGAAAACCAUUCAGAAGAAGGUGAAGAAUAGCUUGCUUCCUUUGUUGAAUCAUCACGCGCAAGGGAGGGUGGUGGUGGAUCUUCAAGAUGUCUUCAAUCGCUUCACUUUUGAUAACAUAUGUUCUACUGUUCUUGGUCGUGACCCUGAAUGCCUUUCCAUUGAUUUCCCAGAAGUUGCAAUCGAGAAGGCUUUUAACCAAGCGGAAGAGUGCAUAUUCUACAGGCACAUAGUGCCAAAGUUUGUUUGGAAGAUGCAGCAAUGGCUUCAGAUUGGUCAAGAGAAGAAGAUGACAGAAGCAUGUAAAACGCUUGAUGAGUUCAUAUAUUCAUGCAUAGCGUCCAAGAGAGAAGAUCUAAGAAGGUACGAGGAAAAUGAAAAUGAAGAAACUUAUGUUGACUUGUUAACAAGUUUGAUGAGAGAAGGUAAGGAACAACAUGAAGAUAUAUUUCUAAGAGAUGCUGUGUUCAAUCUGUUUGUGGCUGGGAGAGAUACCUUAACUUCAGCUCUCACCUGGUUCUUCUGGCUUGUUGCUACAAACCCUUUGGUGGAAGAGAAGAUUCUUGAAGAGAUUAAUCAAAACUUUGGAAGUAAUGAAGAAAAUGCAGUUUUGAGUGCAGAGGAGGUGAAGAAACUGGUUUAUCUGCAUGGUGCUAUAUGUGAAACAUUGAGGCUGUUUCCACCUAUACCCUUCGAACGCAAACAAGCACUAAAAUCUGAUGUACUUCCAAGUGGUCAUUGUGUGAAUCCCAGAACAAAGAUAUUACUAUUUCUGUAUGCAAUGGGAAGAGUAGAAGAAAUAUGGGGAAAAGAUUGCAUGGAGUUGAAGCCAGAGAGAUGGAUCUCAGAGAAAGGAGGUAAUGUUUAUGUACCAUCUUACAAAUUCAUUGCUUUCAAUGCAGGACCAAGGUCUUGCUUGGGGAAAGACUUGUCCUUUAUCCAGUUGAAGAUGGUGGCAGCAGCUAUUUUGCGGCGUUACCAUGUUGAAGUGGUGGAGGGUUAUGUUGCAACUCCUAGCCUCUCGAUUGUUCUUCUCAUGAAGGAUGGUUUGAAGGUAAAUAUAAGGAAAAGAAAGUUUUAGUUUGACUUGCGAAAUUUGGACAUCAAACUUAGUAAAAAGUGUGUCUUGUCUGUUGUGUGAUGUUGUUCUGUAAUGUGUUGUGUCUGUAUCAUUAGAGCAUUUCGUUUCAGAGAAUAAGAAAAGGAAAUAAUCGUUUGCUUUUUCAAUGACUUUACAA